CCUCCUAUUCUUCCUCCCUCCUCCUCUUGUCUCCUCCGGGCUGCUGGCGAACUUCUCUUCCACACCGACUCCACUUGUGUUCAGUUUGUAUUUGGACUGGAUAGGAGAGAGGAGCAAAGAGAAGACAUGGCUUUCCUACGAGCGUUUCUGCCGCUGUUUCUUCAUAUCUUCCUGCUGAACCGAAGCGUGUGGGGCAAAGUGGAAUUGACUAUGAAUGACAACCUGGAGGUGUACCUCGGUGACCCAGCUGAGAUCCCCUGCCAUUACAGCUUCACUGGUGUGAACGAAGAGCCCAGCUUCGUCAUAAUCCAGUGGUUUGUGAGAUCUGCAGGAAACGGCUCACGGAUGCGGAUCUUCUACAGUGACAUCAACCAGCAGAUAGUCGACAACAACACAGACUACAGCGGCCGCAUCGAGGUGACCUCAGACCAGAGAGGAAACACACUCCUGAUCCAAAACGUCCAGCUCUCUGACGAGAAGGAGUUCUUCUGCCAGGUCAACGGGCAGGAGGCUGGCAAUGCCGAACGCAAGACUCACCUCAGGGUUUUUGCUCCUCCAGAGGCUCCAGAAAUUGAAGGCGUCCCUAAUGGGAUUUCUGUGACCAACACGAUGCCAUCUAAGGUGGCGUCAUGUGAGGUUCGAAAUGGAUUUCCUAAACCCAACAUCACCUGGUACAAGGAUAACGAGCCACUGAUGCCUCAAGUAGGACAGGUAAAUGUGAUCAUCCUGGUGACCCGGGAGCCCAGAGGCUUCUACUCUGUGCAGAGCACCCUGGAGUACAGGAUACUGAAGGAGGACAAGGACUCCCAUUUCUCCUGUGAGGUCAGCUUCUCUGUCCCGGGAGCCAUCAGGACGAGGAUGUCCCAAAGCAUCAAUGUCACUGUUCACUACCCCACCACUAUGAUGGAGCUGUGGAAGGAUUCGCCGCAGGGCUUGGUCAAAGAGGGGGAUACCGUAGAGCUGCGUUGCCAGGGUGACGGCAACCCCCCGCCGAUCUUCAUUUUCAGCAAGGAACAAGAGCCCGAUACGCUGCUGGAGAGCAGAGGUGAUGUCCUGAUUCUGCCGUCUGUGUCCCGGAAAGACAGCGGCAUCUACCAGUGCCGGGUGCUGGACUCUGCUGGACAAACGGAGAUCAAAGAAGAGGUCACGCUCACGGUGCAUUAUUUGGACCCGGCUGUUGUGGUUCCGAAAGAGUUGGAGUAUAUGGACAAAGGUGAAAAUCUGGUGGCAUCGUGCAACGCCCUGUCCUCUCUGAAAACUGUAACCAUGUGGUACAAGGAAGGGAAGCAGGUGGGUCACGGCAACACGCUCCACCUGAACGACGCCACCUACGAGACGAGCGGACGGUACGUUUGCGAGGUGACAGUUCCCUCCCUACCCUCCCUGCACACCAACGGCUCGGUUAACAUCAUUGUCCAAGGCGGGCCUCAGUUGGCUGGCGUGGAGGACGAGGUCCAGCUGGAGGAAGUGGCCGGCCGCACGCUGAACCUGAGCUGUGAGGCCCGCGGGCAUCCACUGCCCAGUAUCACCUGGAGCAUCACAGGCAGCCAGAACUGGCAAGAAGUGAUGAGCAAAGCAAACGACCACAUUACUCACAGCAUGGUGUCGGUCAAGAUCAACUCAGACGUCAGCGCCGUUUGUAACGCGUCCAACAACCAGGGCACUGAGGUCAAGGUCUUCAGCAUCAAAGCCAUUCCCAGGGUCACCCGCACUGCUCCCUUCUCUCCCGUUGAAGGCAGCGGAGUGAUCAUAGUGGUGAUCAUACUGUGUUUGCUGCUUCUCGCCUUCCUGGGAAGCGUCGUCUACUUCCUGCAUAAGAAGGGAAAGAUCCCCUGCGGACGUUCAGGAAAGCAGGAGAUCACCAAAGAGAAGCCCACCAAAGACGACAUCGUUGUGGAGAUGAAGAACAACCCAAAGAACGAGGAUGCUGUGCUGCUAAAAGCCGUGAACGGAGAGAAGAAAGGUCCCAAUGACCAGGUAACUGUUGUGUAAAACUCCUGAAGGUCGUGAGGAGCCGCAGCAGGUCGCAGUAUCCAGACGGAGGUUAUUGGCACGGAGGUGACCUUGGACGUUCCCACUGACCUCCUCCUUGUCUGGACGCUCCCUCCCUGUUCCUCCCUUCAUUUUUUGUUCUAAGCAGUAUUCAGCAGGUUUUCCCACACACACACGCACACACACCCACACACAUACACACACACACACAGAACACACAUUUCCCAGGUGUGUUUGUACAGAUGUGUACCUUCUGAAUGAGUCUUUGCUUCAGCAUUCAGUUCUCUCAUUAGUUUUCAGCUCUUUGCUGUUGUUUAGUGUUUGUACGAUGGUGAAUCAUCCUUCUUUUUUUAUGAAAGUGUAAAUAUUAUAUAUAUUUUGUUAUUUAAGAUAUUUUGGCUCAGAUUUCCAUUUCACAGCAGCGUCUGGCUCGUGUGCAUGUUUUCUAUAGUUUUUACUUUAGCAUCCAGGUGAGAUUUGAAGCAGGACUUGAUGGAGACCAAACGUUGUAAAAACUCGUCCUACAUUCGACCAAAACAGCUUAUUUUAUUUUCUGCUCUGCAGGACCGCCAGUGAUUACUUCACUGGUGGCCAUCUUUACCAAACUGCUGUCACGUUCUUGUACUGUUUGUAAAUAUGCUUAGGUUAGAGACCUGCUAGACCUCCUGAAG